GCGACUAUUUAAGACAAUACAAACCACCGCAGUUCAUCAGUUCAGUAGGAUUCAGAAUUCAGAACAUUGCUUCGAAAAUGCUUCACUGCAUCAAGUUCGUGGUCUUCCUAGCGGCUCUUCCGCUGAUCUUUGCCGACGUGGUUCCCGUCAAGCAAUGUAAAUCGGGACCCCUGCCGACUGCGGUGGACGUUGUCGGUUGCAGCAAAGUUCCUUGCAAGCUAGCCCGUGGACACGACGCCAUUGCUCAUGUGAACUUCAGUCCAGACGUCGAUGUAUCCGCGCUACGUCCGGUAGUUUACGCCACGGCCCUCGGUGUUACGGUUCCGUUCGAGUUGCCAAAGGAUCACCAGAAUGCUUGUAACUGGCUGGAAGGAAGUCAGUGUCCGCUGUCCGCCGGAGAGGAUGUCUCGUACCUGCUGAAACUACCGGUGCAGAAGUUCUACCCGCCGAUUCCAAUAAACGUCGAACUUCAGCUCCGCGAUCAAUCCGACAAUGUGGUUACUUGUUUCAAGUUGCAAGCUAAGGUCGCUUAACCUCCGGAUGUGAACUCGCCUGCUGCUGCUUUCCGGUGGCUUGGUUGUAUCGUUUGAAUGGAAAUUUAAUAAAGCGGCAUUCGUUAUCGGAACAA